AUGGCGACAACCUUCAUCAAGCUGGCUCUAUUAUGUCAGUAUCUCACAAUGUUUGACCAUGGUUCACUAUCAUAUCGAAUCAGCAUGGUAAUGCUCAUCGUCACAGCGAUGUGGGGCACUGCAUACUCCGUCAUCGCUUGGUUUCCAUGCAAUCCCGUUUCGGCACAGUGGGAACUGACGAAACCGGCCACGGGCCGAUGGGGAUUCGGGUCGGACGACUUAGGCGUCUACAAAAGAACUUACAUUAGCCAUGUAGCGACUAACAUGGUUCUCGACAUGGUAGUUUGUGGGUUGCCACUACCAUUCGCGUGGGGAAACGGCAUUCGGAAAAGGUCUGUCUAUGGAGUUGUCUCACUUUUCAUUCUAGGUGAUAUUGUUGUUGCUAUUGGGGUCAGUCGUCUCGUGUCAAUCCAGAACACAGAGGCCGGAACCUACCCGCGGGUGGAUCCGUCUUGGUACGCCUGUGUUCCUGCUGUGCUAGCAACGGUUGAGGUCAACCUGGCUACGGUUUGUGCGUCCAUACCUAUUGUCUGGCCAGUUACACAGCGGGCCCUCAGCCGAAUAUGGGUCACGAGAGAGGUUGAAAUUACCUCCGAACCGGGCGAAUACCCUCUCACUGCUGGGGUUAAGCCUUACGACAGUUACUACAUACAAAAGACCUCAGCUUGGUCUAUCACCAGCCAGCAGCACAACGGGAAAGGGAUUUAA